AUUUGUGGACCAAGAUUCAACAACGAACAUAAUUCUUCACGACUUGUCUUCCCGCACCGUCAAUCAAUUACAACAAUCGCCAUGGAUCAAACCCAAGCAGGGGGGCUCCUUGACCCUCCUGAGCUCACACCACUCGAGCAAGAGGUUUUAGACGAGUACGAACGCUUGGCCGAUAACAUGAACAAACUCGCCAGUGUCCUCGAACAUCUUGCUUCGAACCCUAGUACAGAAAUUCUUGACGGCCUUCGUGAGCUCGAGCGCAAGACGAGUCUGGCCUUUACUCUUCUCAAAGCCAGUGUUUACAGCAUAGUCUUGCAGCAGGAGAUUGACUGGGGUGAUGGAUCGACAGCGCAAUGAGUUUAAAUGAAUCAAAGAAGAACGAGAAGGUAGCUUUGUGGUGGAAGAGACAAGGAUUGAUACCCAACCAAAUAUGAUGCGCGAAACGAUACUUUCUUUCACA